AUGUCCGCCCAAACCACCAGUGCACAGAUACAAGCACAAGCAGCACCCAGCUACACCACAUGGCAGCCACGAAGACCACGAACAUCCAGCACAGCCAGUGCAAGUUACAGCGAUAAUUCCGACCCCGACUUCUUCCCAAACCACUCCACCAACACCUCCACCUCCACCACCACCACCACCACCAUCCCCCUCGACCCAUCCUCAAUCUACCCAAACGGUCGAAAGUCCCUCUCAGCAAUCUCCCUCCGCGCAUUCGCCCUCGGCACAAGCUUAGGCCUAUCAACCAGCUUAACAAUCUACCUCGCCUUUGCACCAGGAAGCAACUCACCAACCUGGCGCCUCCCAUUCUUCAUAACAUCCCUAUCCCUCUUCCACUUCCUAGAAUUCUUCAUAACAGCCCACUACAACACCGCAGCCGCAACAGUCUCCUCAUUCCUCCUAUCCUCAAACGGCUGGGCCUACAACGCCGCCCACGGCUCCGCACUCCUUGAAUGCACACUGCGAUUAUGGCUUUGGCCUAGCUCGAGCUCGAGCUCGCCCUCCUCCACCACCUCCUCCGUUGGCCUUUCGCCUUCUUCCAUCUGCGUCGUGCUAGGCCUCCUCCUCGUCAUCCUAGGCCAAAUCACCCGAUCACUCGCCAUGGCGCACGCGGCCGCGAAUUUCAAUCACCACGUUCAAUCUAGACAUAAAGAUGGUCAUGUACUCGUCACCAGUGGUGUUUAUGCGGUUCUCCGGCAUCCGAGUUAUUUUGGGUUCUUUUGGUGGGGACUGGGUACGCAGUUGGUUCUUGGGAAUUUUGUUUGUUUUGUGCUUUAUGCGGCUGUUUUGUGGAAGUUUUUUGCUUCUAGGAUUCGGACGGAGGAGUCGUUUCUUAUUAACUUCUUUGGUGAUGAUUAUGUUCAGUAUAAGAAGAAUACUCGUGUCGGGAUUCCGGGGAUUGCUUAA